AGGAGGUUCAUCUUUUGUUGCUACAGAAGUAUUUCCUGUUUGUGUUUUAUAAGGACCGGGACGAACUCUCUGCUUUUAUUGUGUUAUCUUCUACCCGCAGGUCAGCUGAUUUGGGUCAGGAUGAUUCUUACCAAAAUCUUUUUGAUCUUCUUGACCCUGGAUAGCGCACAACUGUCAAUCAUUGUAAAUCCUUCACCAGUUGCAAAUGUGACAUAUGGAAACCCUUUAUCCUUCCAAUGUAUAUUUCCACCGAAUUGGGCAUCGGGUAGUCUGAAUAUUCCUGGAGAAAUGGGCUUCAAAUUUGCCAUAUUUAAAGGUGCAUGUUUAGUUCCCUCGGAUAAGCAGGCCGAUUACAGCGUAAGCUGUGAUGGAGACACAAUAACUUUUGGUAUACAGCGACCUUCAGAUGGGCAAAUAUGGCGCUGCACUUCUAGUGAUGCCAACAAUUUCAAUGAACAUGGCACAGUAACAGUCAGUCUGCAACCGGAUCCACCGGUUAUAACGCUCCAAAACACAGCAUACAGAAUCAGAGAAGGUUCCAACUUAACAAUUCCGUGCACAUUCAGUGGUGCACCCAUAUACAAUGUCACAUGGGAACAUGACACUGGCGUAAUACACUGGUCAAAUAAUAACAAUCCAUUGUUAUUGAGUUUCAACAACAUUUCUAGAUCAGCUUCAGGACAUUAUACCUGUAACGUUGCUGUUAUCUUUAAGGGAAAUUAUACCGCCUCGAAAACAGUCAACCUUGUCGUGGAGUAUCCACCCACACUUAAAUCAAGCAACGACACCACCACGAAUGAAGGAGGAGGUAUUAUAACUUUUACUUGCGAUAUCUCCUUGGAUGGAAUUCCAAGAAAUUAUAGUGCACUAUAUUGGCAACACUGGAUAGGAAACAAGAUGAUUAGAGAAUUACAUUCCGACAACUUUCCUAACCCCUCCAGCAAAAGAUAUACUUUAACUUUGACAUCGGUUACAUAUAAUGACACCGGACGCUAUGUAUGUUUGUUGGGAAAUGGUAUCGCUAAUUUAAAAGGAGAAAUAAAUCAAACUGCAAACGUAGAUCUGGUUGUUCAAGCGAAACCAAGGAUCCUUCAAACAAAACCUGAGUAUCAUUGCAAAGUUGGAAAGAAUUUUAGUUUACAAUUCGAAAUUAUCGGAAAUCCAGCUUUUCAUUCUUUAAUUGUCAACGAGGGGGAAGCUACUAAUCGGUUUAGAAAAGUAGAGACAAAACGCCCAGUUGCUGUUAACAUUUAUAACACAGUUGUCCACAUGGAUGGAACGAUUGUGAAAAUGGAUUUCGAUCAAAUAAAGAGCAAGUUCAGAACAACCUACCAGUUAAUUGCAGAAAAUCUAAUGGGGAAAGCAACACACCCCUUUGUGAUUGAGGGACAUGAUUUUCCAAGUGAACCUUUCCAUAUUCAUUUUAAAGAAUUUGAAUCUUCUGCUUUACUUGAGUGGUCUGCCCUUACUCCAGAUUUGGACAUGACGUAUGAAGUUAUUGUAAAGUCCCCAAGAGAAGUCGAUGUUGAACGCAUUGAAGGAAAUAAUUCUGAAGUUUAUACACACAAGUUGACACAUUUGGAUUUAAAGUCUAUUUACAUUCUUCAGCUGUGUACAACGAACGCGAUUGGUAAAAAUUGUAGUUCAACAUUUAAAAUGAAAAUGGGUGAAAUACAAUCAACAUCCCUUAAAGUUUCAGCCAAUGAAAUGUCGCUGUCAGAGACCACUUUAAUUGUCAUUGUCGUCAUUGGCGGUGUCGGACUCGUGUCGAUCCUUGUCUUCAUUCUGAUCGUCAAAAAACGAAAACCAAGAAAAAGAACCUCAAGUCUUCUGUCCCUUGAAAGGUAUAAUGAAUCUAUGGGGAGAAAUAGCUACCUUACGCAAAAGAUGACAAAUGACUUUGAUACCGCGGGAAGUAAUGGUGAAAGCGUGGCCCGUUCACCUGAGACCUACCUGACUCCACAAUGGAUGACCUCGCCGCAGUCGGAUUCAUCUUUACGUCAAAUGAGAUCAGAGGGAAAUGAAUAUGCGAGUGUCGAUGAUCCAGCGAUCCUGAAAAUGAGCUCGCAGCGAAAAGAUAAUGGAAAAUUCCAGUUAAACGGUGGUUUCUCCAUGAGUCCACAACUUCCACGUCGAUCUUUUAACAACGUUGAUCCUCGAAGUGAUUACUUGACGAUGGGCAGGGAUUUAGAAGGUGCUUUUAAGUCACAAACGUCUUCAAGUGUGGAGAAUAAACUGUACCAAAAACCGACUGGCGAAGGUUUCGAAUUUACCCAGUACUUGACUGUUGGUGAUGAGAAUGAACGUGUAAACUUGGAGGUGCAAAGUGGUGGUUACAGUGAAGUCAACUAUCGGAAAAAGUCGGUACCAAAGUGAUGUCGCUUUUUAUCGCACGUUCUGUCAAACUGUAGACUGUACGUUGGUAAACUAGAUCCUUUUUUCACAAAUUAAACUUGUAGACUACGUAGAAAAUAUGUCAAGGGAAAAAGUUUUUUUUAAAUACUGUGGAAAGCCCAUUAUUGGUAAUAUCCUUGACAGAAACUGGACAUUAAGAAAAACAUUCAGAUGUUGGUAAUAUAAACAAAAUGUUCAUGACUUUUAAAGAUACAUGUAGGGAAAAAAUCACAGUUCAUAAAAUGUGAGAAUAACAUUUUUUUAUAAUUUAAUUUUUAGCACAUUUAAUUUGGAAAAAGAUUAAAUCCAUUUCGUAUAACAUAAGUUGCCUACGUCACAAUCAGAUACGUUAACAACGUAUUACUCUGCUUGACGUUACUUUUAAAAAUAUGCUCAAUUUGAAGCCUUAACUUUAGGAAAAUUUGUCUGAUUGUCUUCACUGAAAUAAAAUUAUAAGGAAUGAAGCUUAUUUUAACUUACCAGGUAUGUUAUACGAUAUAAUAGUUUACGUUUUUCUUUAAAUCGGUUGAUAAAAAAGGGUAAACUGCAAAAGUUAU